CUGUUGCUGGGAGGAAGGGGCUGAUCCUCCUCAGCCGGGUCACUGUGCGGGAAGUUUAAAGAAAAUUUGUACCGAUUUCGUCGAUUUGGGUGUUAAGCAGGUAGGAGCUCCGGAUGGCGCUGCUGCACCGAGCCUGGCGGCCGGUAGCGCGUCUCGUUAUGCAGGGUCCGGCCCGGAUAACGGCCGCACUGAGGGCCUGGUCUUCCAGUGCUAAAUCAAUAGAGGAGAGACAGAAAUGCCUGAUGGCUCGGGGACUUCCAAAGCAAAAAAUGAUUCCAGGAGUGAAACAGGUUAUUGUUGUAGCCUCAGGAAAAGGUGGUGUUGGAAAAUCAACUACUGCAGUGAAUUUGGCUUUGGGAAUGGCUGCUAACAAUUUGGUUGUGGGUCUGCUUGAUGCAGAUGUGUACGGUCCAUCUAUCCCAUGUAUGAUGAAUUUAAGAGGAAACCCAGAAUUGACAGACAGCAACUUGAUGAGACCCUUGGUAAACUUCGGGAUUGCCUGCAUGUCAAUGGGAUUUUUAGUAGAGGAAGGAGCACCAAUUGUUUGGAGAGGUCUCAUGGUGAUGUCAGCAGUAGAAAGGCUAUUGAGACAGGUUGACUGGGGUCAACUAGAUUACCUUGUUGUAGACAUGCCUCCUGGCACAGGGGACGUGCAGCUUUCCAUCUCUCAAAACAUUCCUAUUUCAGGUGCAGUUAUUGUUUCUACUCCCCAAGACAUUGCUUUGUUGGAUGCACAGAGAGCAGCAGAAAUGUUUCGAAAAGUUAAUGUUCCUGUUCUUGGUAUUGUACAAAACAUGAGUGUCUUCCAGUGUCCCAAUUGCAAACAUGAGACUUACAUCUUUGGAGCUGAUGGAGCAAGGGCAUUGGCAGCAAAACUUGCAUUAGAUGUCCUAGGUGAUAUUCCAUUACACUUAAACAUAAGGGAAACAUCUGAUAACGGCCAACCAGUUGUUGUCUCUCAUCCAGACAGUUCAGAGGCCAAGGCCUACCUAAGACUUACUGCGGAAGUGUUGAAAAGACUGCCAACAUCUCUUGUGUGAGCAGUGGAAAGUUUACGUCUAAGGCGUUUAGAUCUACUUCCAACCCUCCUUUUUUUUGUUCCUCAAAGACUUCUGAAAACAGCUGCUAAAACAGAACACGAGAUAACAAGGU